UGAAGUGUGAAUUCUAAUAUAGCUACAAUUAACUUGCAUUGGAUUUGUCCCACAUAUACUAAAUGAACAAAAAUAAUGCCUGGAACAGCACUAUCUAGUUUUCAGAACCUGGUAAUAUCAGGAAGUAGGAUAGGACAUUAACCUAACAACUUCAAUGACAAAUUUCUCUGGACGGGGAGAAACCAUCAAAUUCAGUGUGAAUAGAUUACAUAGGAUGAAGAAACAAUACUCCGAGCCGCAGCACCAUACUACUUGUGAGACAUAGAGAACUCAUACUAUAUACUCUUUGUUGGGUGGCCUUUCACCAUUUCUUUGGAUUCCUCAUGUCUAACUCAUUGUUAGAAAAAGGUUUAGUCCAAAUCGGAUGUUGGGUGUAAUAUUUAUUAAAUAUAUGAAUCCUAUAAAUUUAAAAUGGACAUUUUGGGUGCAAUCAAUUAGCUGAAUUUUUUUGAGAUCAAAUCAUAUUUCAACAAAAUAAAGCUGCAGGAAUGCUAAUCUUAUAUUUUUCUAACAACACAAACAAUUUCAGAACUAUCUGAGAUGUGUCAAUCCUCUUGUGCUCUUUGAGACGGAACGACCCAUUGGAAUCCCCCUUUCAAAGACUUGAGAUUGAUUGAUUGAUCGAUGGAAGAUGAGUAAUAUCACAAACCAGGAUGCAGAGUUUGCAGCCAGACCCGAAGGCUCAGUACAGCAGUGUAUACGAGGCCCUGAGAAGGAUCAUCCAAACGGAGGGCCUCCUCAGACCCUUGAGGGGCCUCAACAUCACCAUGCUGGGGGCUGGCCCUGCCCACGCUCUCUACUUUGCCUGCUACGAACGGGUCAAGUGCACACUCAGCGAAGUAAUUCAGAAUGGAGGCAACAGCCACAUAGCAAAUGGACUGGCAGGCUGUGUGGCCACUGUGCUGCAUGACGCAGUCAUGAACCCAGCUGAAGUGGUGAAACAGCGGAUGCAGAUGUACAACUCUCCCUACCGGAACCUGUUGGACUGUGUUCGGACUAUACGGCAUACUGAGGGGCUCGCAGCCUUCUACCGCAGCUACAGCACACAGCUGGCCAUGAACAUUCCAUUCCAGGCUGUCCACUUUAUGACCUAUGAACUGAUGCAGGAGCGGCUCAACCCCCACAGACAGUACCACCCCGGCAGCCACAUACUGUCUGGGGCUGCGGCGGGAGCUGUGUCGGCAGCGAUAACCACCCCGCUGGAUGUGUGUAAGACCCUGCUCAACACACAGGAGAACGUAGCACUCAGCUCCAUGCACAUCAGUGGUCAUCUCACAGGCAUGGCCAAUGCCUUCAGGACAGUGUAUCGCUUUGGCGGCAUGGCUGCCUUCUUCAAAGGGAUCCAGGCCCGGGUCAUAUACCAGAUGCCCUCCACUGCAAUUGCCUGGUCAGUCUAUGAGUUCUUUAAGUACUUCCUGACCAAGCAGCAGAUGGAGGGAGAGGCUGGAACAGCAGGCCCAGUCUGAGGAAGGGCUGUGGACAGGUUCGACCAUCCACCACACGUGUUCUGAAAGCUCCUGGCUCUCCAAUGGAAUCCAUGCCAAACGGCUCAUCGUUUAUGCAAUGUCGUGUUCAUAAUUUAUAUCUGUGUGCUGUUGUGUAAUAAUCUGUGUUUUCUCAAAGGGAAGUCACUGCAAUUGAGGAAGUUUGAAAGACUUGCUGCGGGAGUGGUAGACUGUGGCACUCCUUGCCCUUCUUACCUACUCAGCAAGCCCUUCCAUUGUACAGUGUCAUUCAUUAGAGGAGUGGAGGCAGUUACAUGAACAGGAAAUGCACAGAGAUGGCUUGUCUUUCCAUUAAUGCAGAGAAAAGGGCAUCUUCAUAUGGCAACAGGCCCUUUUCACUACGCGCACAACACUCCCAACUUUGUCUAUCUCCAUCUAGUGAUUGUGUUUGGCUGCAUUUAUACAGUAUGUAUACUGAACAAAAAUAUAAAUGCAAUUUCAACGAUUUUACUGAGUUACAGUUCAUAUAAGGAGAUCAAUCAAUUGAAAGAAAUUCAUUAGGUCCAAAUCUGUGGAUUUCACAUGACUGGGCAGGGGUGCAGCCAUUGGUGGGCCUGGGAGGGCAUAGGCCCACUCAUUGGGGAGCCAGGCCCAGCCAAUCAGAAUGAGUAUUUCCCAACAAAAGUGCUUUAUUACAGUCAGAAAUACCACUCAGUUUCAUCAGCUGUCCGGGUGGCUGGUCUCAGACAAUGCUGCAGGUGAAGAAGCCAGAUGUGGAGGUCCUGGGCUGGCGUAGUUGCACGUGGUCUGCGUUUGUGAGGCCGGUUUGCGUACUGCCAAAUUCUCUAAAACGUUGUUGGAGGUGGCAUAUGUUAGACACAUUUAACAUGCAAUCUCUGGCAACAGCCCUGGUGGACAUUUCUUCAGUCAGCAUGCCAAUUGCAUGCUCCCUCAACUUGAGACAUCUGUGGCAUUGUGUUGUAUGACCCUUUAUUGUCCCCAGCACAAUGUGCACCUGUUUUAAUGAUCAUGCCGAUUAAUCAGCUUCUUGAUAUGCCACACCUGUCAGGUGGAUGGAUUAUUUUAGCAAAGGAGAAAUGUUCACUAACAGGGAUGGAAAGAGAUUUGUGCUUUUUUUGUGCAUAUGGGGGGAAAAAUGGGAUGUUUUUAUUUCCGCUCAUGAAACAGAGGACCAGCACUUUACAUUGCUGUGUUUAUAUUUUUGUUCAGUAUAGAUCUGAUAUGGGGAACACUUUUUUAAAAUGUACUUUUCAGUGCUUAUAUUUUAUGGAUUCAGAAGAGACACGUGGCUUUUUGCUUGAUUUUCUUGUGUAUUUAUAAAGGACUGUUUGAACACAUUCCUGAGUCUCGCUGCACAGUAAACACAGAACAAUUGCGCUUUCAAAGUGCCUCUUUAGUAAUGAAGUCCGCUACAAGCUAAGCUUUUUGUGUUGUUCAGGUCCUAAAUAGAUUGGACUGAUCAUAAUCAUUGUUUGCCAUUAAAAGGGCUUAUCAUUCUGUGGUUUGAAUCUCAAAUGGUCUUUUAAAUGUUAACUCUGGAAGCCAGAUUUGAUCAAUCAUAGCAAGAAACCAACCAUGUCAAAACCAGAUGUACUGAAAUAGUACCAUAUUGUUAUUUUUCCUUGGUCAGAAGGUUGGCAUCAUGCAAUGUGGCUGUAGUCUGAGCUGAACCUUUCAAGAUUAGGGAUAUUUUCUAUUCUGUGUUAGAAAUUGGCUCAACCCCCAAAUGUUGGAUAUUUUCACUUUAGAUUUGUCUUCAUUCAAACCUCCGUACUUGAGGUCAACCGAUUGUGAUUUUUCAGCGGCGAUACCAAUUAAUCGGACAAUUUUAUUUAUUUAUUUGUAAUAAUGACAAUUACAACAAUACUGAAUGAACACUUAUUUUAACUUAAUAUAAUACAUCAUUAAAAUCAAUUUAGCCUCAAGUAAAUAAUGAAACAUGUUCAAUUUGGUUUAAAUAAUGCAAAAACACUUAUAGGCACUUUAGUAUUGCCAGUGUAACAGUACAGCUUCCAUCCCUCUCCUCGCUCGAACCAGCAACACAAUGACAAUUAGCGCACGCUAACUAGCUAGCCAUUUCACUUCGGUUACAGGAGCCUCAUCUCGGGAGUUGAUAGGCUUGAAGUCAUAAACAGUGCAAUGCUUGACGCACAACGAAGAGCUGCUGGCAAAACGCACAAAAGUGCUGUUUGAAUUCAUGUUUACGCGCCUGCUUCUGCCUACCACCGCUCAGUCAGAUACUUAGAUACUUGUAUGCUCAGUCAGAUUAUAUGCAACGCAGGACACGCUAGAUAAUAUCUAGUAAUAUCAUCAACCAUGUGUAGUUAACUAGUGAUGAUUGAUUGUUUUUUUAUAUGAUAGGUUUAAUGCUAACUUACCUUGGCUUACUGCAGAGAGAGAGAGGCAGGUCGUUAUUGCGUUGGACUAGUUAAGGUUGCAAGAUUGAAUCCCCCCAGCUGACAAGGUGAAAAUCUGUCGUUCUGCCCCUGAACAAGGCAGUUAAUCCACUGUUCCUAGGCCGUCAUUGAAAAUAAGAAUGUGUUCUUAACUGAAUUGCCUAGUUAAAUAAAGGUAAUCGGCAAAUCGGCGCCCAAAAAUACCGAUUUCCGAUUGUUAUGAAAACUUGAAAUUGUCCCUAAUUAAUUGGCCAUUCCGAUUUAAUCGGUCGACCUCUACUCCGUACCUUCCAUACUCAAGAUUGCAGUAGUUUAGUGUCAGUAAUUUAUUUUAACCACACAGUGAAGUGAGUCGGCCUCCUUUUCCUAAGGUUACUGGAAUCCCUCAACGUAACGGCCCAAAUAUUAGUCUUGUUUGAGCACGGUAGUAGGCCUAUGCACUGGAAUCACGCACAAUGAUCAAGAGUGUUAGUGUAAAUUGUAUAACAAUCUUCUAUGUUUAAGAGAAUAAGCUUUUAAAAAAUAUUUUUAGGCAAGCCCUUUAAGCAUUGGAUUCUGUCUGUGACAGUGAGACAAGUACUAAUGGUUGACCAGAUGAGCUGUUUGUUCUCUGGCAUAUUUUAGCCACGAACUGUGCUCUCCCUCUUCCCAGCAUCUUGGCGCAGUGUUUUCUGCUCCAAGAUGAGACAUUUAUCCACACAUUGCUGUAACCAAAAAGCUCGAGAUUUGUUUGUUUUUAAAUAAAUGCUUGUUUUAUUUUCAUUCACCAGUGAAGUAUAAAGUUCUACGAGAUCUCCAAAGAUCACAGUCCAUCAAAUGUAGGCUAAUUCAUUCCUUGUUAAAAAAUCCUAAAGAUAAUGCAUUGUUUGCUUCCACUCACAAACCUGUAUUUUUUAAGUUAGCGGUGAAUCUACCUGUGAAAUAAUAAUAAAUUAAAGGACUGCUUAUUGGCAGUCCUUUAAUUCCAAGCAUAAUCUCCAGCCAAAAUAUCUUUUUAGCAUCUUUUUAUUUGGCUUUCUUCAUUAAAGCUUGUAAUUUAGCUGUCUCGAGGCUUAUUGCCUUAUGUUUGGAAAGUAUCUGUGGGUGCCUCAGCAUUUUUAUGAAGGGUAGCGAUAUGAUCAUUUCUUCUCCAAAUGUACUCUAUCUGUGGAGGCUGAAGUGUUUGGUAUGGGAUAUUUUAGUCUAAACUGGGACGACCAGGUAAACAGUGGUAGAGAGAAGUUGGCACAGUACAUUACCAUUUUUAAAUUUAAAUUGUCACUCUUAAUUUGAGCCUUUUCUGUGUGUGUUUUUAUAGAAUUACACCUAUGUUUUUGCUAAAUAUCACAGCUAUUGUUUAUGUAAAUGUAAACAUAUGCAACACAUUUAGGUUGAUUAAAUUCAAGCUUUUUUACAACUAUUGGACAGCUGAAUGUUCAUUCAUUUGAUGUUAGUUUAUGGCAUAUUGUUGGUUCAUAUUUUUGAAAAGUGAAUUCAAGACUUGUCAUGUAUGAUUCUGUACAAAUCAAAUGUUAUUUGGCAAAUGCACCAAAUACAACAGGUGUAGAUUACUUACUGUGAAAUUCUUACUUACAAGCGCUUAACCAACAAUGCAGUUCAAGAAAUGGAGUUAAGAAAAUGUUUACUAAAUAAACUAAAGUUAUUAUUAUUUAACAAGAAUAUACUGGGAUUUCUUAUAAGCGUCCAGAUUAGUGUCCUGCUCCUUGGAAGCGGCAGCUCUAGCCUUUUUAGCUCGGUGUGGAUCUUGCCUGUUAUCCAAAUGCAGAACAUGCAAUUUCUGUUCUGACUUUUAUUCAAUUUGUAUUAAUCUUAUUUUUAAAUGCUUGUCAUUCAGUUGAUGGAAUUCAUUGCAUUAAAAAGCACUCACCAGGUCUUUUAACCCCUCUUCAGUAACACUGCUUUCAUACAUUGUUAAACGUUUAGCAGGACUGAUAUUAUUUUUAAGAAAUAGAUGGGUUGGUUGAUAAUUCAAGAUUGGAAACAUUUGAUUAACUAAUAUUGUUCACAGAUUCAGUCUGAAGUACUUUUUUUUUAGCUUCUGAUAAAAUAUCCACAGAAUAUUACAUUGCAUUACAGCUCUGGAAAAAUACUUAAAGAAAAAACCUUGCUUAAUUAUCUAGCUUGUCUAACUUGACCGUAAGCUCAUUUCAACAAUGUACGUUGUAAGUAUUACUAUGUAUGCCACAUUAAGUGAUUUUAUAUAUUUCAAUGGAGAUUGGGAAAUUAAAAUCUUAUCCAGGUAUGUU